CACUAAGUGUUUCAUACUCACUAAAAGAUGGAGCCUACAAAGACCAUUCUCAACAAUGCUAAGUACUCCUCCAUCUUCCUAGCCAUCUUUCUUCUCUUAGCUUCAGCAUUGUCUUCAGCAAAUGCCAAUAUUCAUAAGCAUGAGUUUGUUAUUCAAGCAACUCCAGUGAAGAGGCUGUGCAAAACCCACAAUACAAUCACGGUGAAUGGACAAUACCCGGGCCCAACGUUGGAAAUCAGCAAUGGAGACACUUUGGUCGUCAAAGUCACUAACAAAGCUCGUUACAACGUGACCAUUCAUUGGCAUGGCAUUCGACAAAUGAGAACAGGAUGGGCAGAUGGUCCAGAAUUUGUGACACAAUGCCCUAUUCGUCCUGGAAAAAGUUACACCUACCGAUUCACAGUUCAAGGACAAGAAGGCACACUUUGGUGGCACGCUCAUAGUUCAUGGUUAAGAGCCACAGUUUACGGUGCUUUAAUCAUUCGUCCCAGAGAAGGAGAAACCUAUCCUUUUCCCAAGCCAAAGCGCGAGACACCCAUUCUUCUUGGAGAAUGGUGGGACGCAAACCCCAUCGAUGUUGUGAGGCAAGCCACACGAUCUGGAGCAGCUCCAAACGUGUCUGAUGCAUACACUAUCAAUGGUCAACCUGGUGACCUUUACAAGUGCUCUACCAAAGGCACCACCGUUGUUCCAACACAUUCCGGCGAGACCAACCUCUUAAGAGUCAUCAACUCCGCACUCAACCAACCUCUCUUCUUCACAAUCGCAAAACACAAACUCACAGUGGUCGGUGCCGAUGCUUCCUACGUUAAACCCUUUACCACCAAAGUCCUCAUGCUGGGUCCCGGCCAAACCACCGACGUCUUAGUCACCGCCGACCAAACACCUUCCCGUUACUACAUGGCGGCGCGUGCAUACCAAUCAGCUCAAAAUGCACCGUUUGACAACACCACCACCACCGCCAUUCUUCAAUACAAAUCGCACCAUUCCAAAGCGAACCGUUCUAAAGCAUUCAUGCCCUCUCUCCCUGCUUACAAUGACACUAACAUCGUCACUGCUUUCAGUAGAAGCUUCCGAAGCCCAAGAAAAGUUGAAGUUCCCACUGAAAUUGAUGAGAGCUUCUUCUUCACCGUUGGCUUAGGACUCAACAAGUGUCCACCGAACUUCAGUGCAAGGAGAUGCCAAGGACCCAAUGGAACGAGGUUCACUGCGAGCAUGAACAACGUGUCAUUUGUUCUUCCCAACAAAGUUUCCAUCUUGCAGGCUCAUUAUCAGGGAAUUCCCGGAGUGUUCACCACUGAUUUUCCGGCGAAGCCGCCAGUGAAGUUCAAUUUCACCGGCAACGUGAGCCGUUCUCUGUGGCAACCUGCUCCCGGGACUAAAGCGCACAAGUUGAAGUUCGGGUCGAGGGUGCAGAUCGUUUUGCAGGACACGAGCAUUGUCACUCCUGAGAACCACCCUAUUCACCUUCAUGGCUAUGAUUUCUACAUUGUUGCAGAAGGGUUUGGAAAUUUCGACCCUAAGAAGGAUAAAUCCAAGUUUAACCUUGUUGAUCCACCUCUCAGGAACACUGUGGCAGUGCCUGUUAAUGGAUGGGCUGUUAUUCGAUUUGUUGCUGAUAACCCAGGUGCGUGGCUUAUGCAUUGUCACUUGGAUGUUCACAUCACGUGGGGUUUGGCCACGGUGUUAUUGGUAGAGAACGGAGUUGGGAAAUUGCAAUCCAUAGAGUCCCCUCCAUUGGAUCUGCCUCUUUGUUAGGAUCAUUUCAAAAUAAGCAUCCGACCAAGAAUCAGGAUCUUAAAUUUUUCUUAGUUUGGAUUUUGGAAGUUAAUUGAUUGAUGUUUCCCUGCAUUUGGGGUCUUUUUUUUCCUUUCUUAGUUUGGUUUUUUCGCUCUGUUUCAUUGUUUUUUAUAUAGAGAUAAAUCGGGUUUACAAUUUAGGAGAGAUGGUGACAUGGUUUCAAC